AUGGAUUGUCAAGAGAUUAUGGAUUUAUUUAGUUCAGAGGAAAGAGAAAUAAUUGCGAAUAUAAAUAAAAAACCUUUUUUAGGCACUCAAGAUAAUAUUAGAAAAUAUGUUAUGGAAUAUCAUAAGGAAAAUGUUAGCGAUCUUCGUAAGGUUGUCAUGACACCAUAUUUGAAAGAUGGAGAAGCAUACAAUCUAAAAGUACACUAUGACUUUGAAUGGAUAUAUUUACUAUUUAACAAAUUAAACGCUAGCAAACCAUCUGAAGAAAACAGAUUUUCCGUAUCGUUUCAUGAAUUAGAAUAUCGAAUUUUUCCUGAAUAUAAAAUCGUCCAAUCCCUGCUUUCCCAUUGCUGUUUACUUGACCACCCCUUUCUCCCACUUUCUUCGUCACAUUUUGCCGCACAAAAUUCACCCACCAUUCUCACGAGCUUUGCCGAAAUUUCUUCACACGGGGAAAAAGUUCUCAACACAGUAUCAAAUAAAGAUUGGGAUAUUUUUGAUGAAAGCGCACCAAAGUAUAAGCAAUCUUCGGGACGAAAUGCUCUUGCGAAAUUAAAUUAA